ACCUGUAUUUAAUAUACGCAAACUAUUUAAGGUUUUGUCUCUCUCCCCGCGGCUGUCAUUCCUUCUCUCGCCGCAUAUUAUACUAAAUUAAAUAGUCCAGUACUUGAAGGGAACAUGGCUAGCUCUUCACAGGGAACCGCAACUGAGUAUGUUGUCAGGGUACCAAAAGUAUAUAGAAGAAAGUACAACAUGAUGCGGUUUCAUGCAGCGCUUGGCAUUGACUUCAAAAAUUGGACCCACACCAGGAUGGAGCGAGAGAACAACUUGAAGGAGUUCAAGAGUUUAGAUGAAGAGAUGCCAAAAUAUGGAGCAGGUUCAGAAUAUGGGCGUGAGCAGAGAGAAGAAGCCAGAAGAAAGAAGUAUGGUAUCAAUGUGAAAAAAUACAAACCUGAGGAUCAACCAUGGAUCCUUAGUGUUGGUGGCAAGAGUGGCAAAAAAUUCAAAGGUAUUCGAGAAGGUGGAGUGUCAGAAAAUUCCUCAUGGUUUGUGUUUAUGCAGGGAAAAGAUCGUGCCUUUGAGGCAUAUCCUGUUGAGGAAUGGUAUAACUUCAAGCUUAUACAACGUUACAAGGCUCUUAGUGCAGAAGAAGCUGAAAAAGAGUUUGAAAGACGGGACAAAAUUAUGAAUUACUUCUCCGUGAUGUACCAGAAGAAACUCAAGAAAGAUGGGGAUGAGGCACCAGAUGGGGACGAGGAGGUCGUUAAGAAGAAAGGCUCGUCCAGUAAGAAUCUGUUGCUCUCUGAAUUGGAUGACUGGAUGUCAGAUGGAGAGUCUGAUGGAGAUGAGGAAGAUAUUGAGGAAGAUGAUAAUCCUAUGAAAAAGAAGAAAAAAGUUCAGGCAAAAGGCAGAACUCAACAAGGUGGAAAGAAAACGAAAAAUGUUGAUGGUGAGAGUGAUGAAGAUUGUGGUGAGGAGAGUGAUGAGUUUAAUGAUGGUGCUGAACAUGACUAUAUAUCCAGUGAUUCAUCAGACUCAGAGGCUGAGAAUGAUGAGGUGGUGAGGAAGGAGUUGGCUGGAGUGGAUCAAGCAGAUGCACUGAAGAAACUUCUAGAUUCUGAGGAAGAAGAUGAAGAAGAGAAAGAUAAAGAAAAAGAAAAAGAGGGUGAAGAGAAGAAGGAAACAGAAGAAGGAAAAGAAGAGAAAGACAAAAAGAAGAAGAAGAAAAAGAAGAAGAAGGAUAAGAAAACAGAUGCCAAUAAAGAGGACUCUGAUGCCAAGACUUCAGACACGAGUGAUGAUGAGGGAAACAGCAAGAGGAAGAGAAGGGAUAAGGAUGGAGAACUAACUGGUAAAGGACAUGGGAAGUCCGAGGAUGGAACCGGUGGCAAACGGAAAUUAAAGGGCAAUCCUACAGAGAGCAUGGCAAAGAAGCAGCGCACUGAUUUGGGUGCAGCAGGACCCUCAUCGCUUGUUGCUGCUCCAGGAAGUGACAGCGGUGUAACAGAGGAAGCAAUCCGUAGGUAUUUGAUGCGCAAGCCCAUGACCACUACUGAGCUUCUUCACAAAUUUAAGUGCAAGAAGACUGGUCUCAAUUCAGACCAACUAGUACAUGCGAUUGCUCAAAUCUUGAAGCGUAUCAACCCAACCAAGCAGAUGGUUAAAGGCAAGAUGUAUCUUUCCAUAAAACAGUAAUGGAAUAGUUUAGUUUAGUUUCAAUAUUAUAUCAUAAAGGUUGUUUCUGGGGAUGGACCAGUUAUGUAUUCAGCUGUUGGCUUCUGCCAUUGAAUGUAGAAAUGAUAAUGUACUGUAUUGUUCAUGUGGAAAGGGUAGGAUGAAGUGAAGGUAAGGUGUCCUUAUAUUCAGAACAGUCUCUGAAUUGUUUCUCAAGAAUAUACUUCACUGAGUAAAAAAAAACAUUUAACUAAAUACGGUACCAUUAAUUUUCAUACUUCUGUAAUAUUAUUUGUACGUUGGUUGUUUCUGUAUUUGAUCACACUUUAAAUAUUUGCAAGCUUGAGAGUAUAGGCUUUGGUGAUAUGGAAAGAAAUAUUUUGUACUGUAUUUCUUUAAGGAUUUUUCAUUUUGUGGGUUCAGUGUUUACUUGAUUUCUUAAUUUGUACUGUAUUUAGUCAUUUGGAAAAUAAAAGGAUGUCAUAAUCUAUCUUCUAAUUUUGAGUUUCUUUACAUUUGUUUUAGUAAAAUUUCAGUAAUAAGUAUGCAACUAUUUCAUAAAUAUACUGUACUGUACUUUUGAAGGAGAGUUGAUGAUUGUAUGAGUAUGGGAUAUCUUAAAAGAAGAAUCAUAGUAAGCAGUGACUGAAGUGUAUUGUAGAGAUUUUACUUUGCCUUUAUUCUCUCCAACCUAGCACAAUGGUUCGAGGUUUACCAGACUGUAAGUUUCUUGCACUACCAAGCAUGUCUCCAGUAAUCUGAUGUGUCAUUGGUACACCUUUGUCAAGAUCAUAAUAUUUAAAGUGGCAACUCUGGUGGUGCUACUCAGCUGUUUUAGAACACUUUAACCAUUUUAAUUAAAAUUUUGGGAAAGAACUUCAAUAUAAGCUCUGCCCAUUAGUUAAUCAUUGCCAUUGGGGAUCAUCAUGUAGGGAAUUCAUUGAGAGAAUUUUUUUAUUUCCAAGGAUAGGAUAGGAUAAAGACAAGUGACAGGGGAAGAAGGUUCAGUGGAAGAAUAAAGGGGGGGGGGGUGGAAGGGAGUUGUAGUAUUUUAAUGAUGUAUAUAAAUGCUUUGUGUUUUAACGUUGAUAUUAAUUGAUUUGCAUGUAUGUAUGAUGAGAUCAAGAACAGUUUGCAAUGUGAAAAGACAAUAAUACAUUAUUCCUACUGGAAACACUUCUUCCAUGAGGGUAGGCAAAAAUUCCCCAUGACCCAAAGUAAACAUACACUCAUGGCAAGAGCCCACAAGAAUUGAAGCUGUGCCACUGGAAGACUGUGGUCAGGGCACCAACACACCAGUAGUGAAUACCAUAUAGGGAGCAAUAGAUGGUCAGAUGUUAAUUUUUUUGUGUACUGUAAUUUUAUAUUUUUCAGGCUGAUAAUCUUGUCCUAGGCCUAUUUUUGUGUUAAAUUGAAUGAUUUAGCCCAAUGCCCGUCUUUCCUGACCAUAUAGAGAAAGGUUUUUGUGACUUGAAGGAUGCUUUUCAAAAUGUGUCUUAAUGCAAACACAGUACUAGUGAUUACUCUUGUGUAAUCUGAUAUUGAUGGAUCAAAUCCUGUAGUAAAGAUGUUUAUACAAAAGUGAAUUAAUAUUUGGUUUCAAUAGAUAUUGGCUCUGCAACAUUGGCUUGUAGUAAAAUAUUGGACUACAUGACAGAGUCUCCAUGCCAUAAAUUAAAUGCGCAACAAACCCGAGCGAAUUUGGACAUGGCUAGUUUGGAAUUGGGCUUGUUUUUGGCCACUUUAGAACUACAGUACAGUAUUGUAAAAAUAAUUAUUAUUUCAGAAAAAGUAAAAACUAUUUAAUCUACUGUGUGUGUGUGUGGUAUGAAUUUGUGGUGACUUCUCACAUGAGCUUGUUCUGUCGACAUAGCUUUAGGUCAUUUUUGCUGAGCUACAUUUUGCAUUUAUCACUUGAAUUUUGGUUUUGUGACAUUUUUCAAGAACUAAAUGGUGGUUCUGUUCAUGGUUCUAGUAAGAAACAUUUCAGAUAAGCUGAAAAUAUUAAACAGUUAAGACACUUAAGAGUGGAGUAAGUGCUAAAAAGUGCUUUAACAGGAAUGUGAAUUGAAGAAAAGCACUGAUUGUGACAUUAAGGUCAAAGUGAAUCUGAGGAAAUUUCAAGUCAGCAAAAAAGUGAAGCUUCUUAAUCAAGGAAACUUGUGUGAAUAGGGAAGCACAAAAGUUAGAAAGUGUGGUGUAAAAGUGGUUACUGUACCAGCAACAGAUGGCUAAUGUUCUGGUGGUGAUGUGGAAUGUGUAAGAGCUUCUGGAUGCUUACCGAGCCAUUUAAAAAAAAAAGUUAUUGUAGUGAUUUUUUAUUUGUGUGUCAACUGUGUCUUUAAAUACUGUAGAGAUUAGAUUGGGGUUGGCUCCACAUGCUGCAGUUGUUAAGAAUGUAGCAGUUCUUGGAAUAGGUUUUUCAAGAAUUAAGGAUGGUAAUAUGGCAAAGUAAAGCUUUAGUUUGUAAAAGAUGGCACUGAAAUAGCAAUGUGAUGGCAAAAUGAUAUAAUAGCAUGUAGAUGCUAUGCCCUGUGUUUAAAUAAAUUUUGCCAUAUACUGUACAAUAUCUUUACGAGGAAUAGAAUACUGUUGUUAUUUGUGGAUCUGAGAAGGUAUGUUCUAAGUUUUGAGAGCUUACAUUGGGAAACACUUACAGGGAGGGAAUACUACUGUCUUUGAGAUGCACAUAGAACAAGUUAUUCAUAUGUAUGAUGUUAAAAGAUAUUUAGAGUAACAAAUAAAGGCGUCAUCCUGAGAACAAUUAGUUACGUGAGAGUUCUGCUGUAGAUCUGGUCUGUAAAAACUUAUUCUCUGUUAAGAAUUAACACUGAUUGAAGUGACACAGGAUUUAUUUAUUUUUUGUACAGUUGAGAAUCAAGACAGUGUAGAAAGAAUGAAGGUUGCUUUAACAUGUAAAUAUGCUUUGAGAAAAGAAAUAUCUUUCCCUACCUUGAAAGUGCUUAUGUGAGUAUCCAAGACCAAGCUGUCUUCAACUUACAAGUUAAUCUAUAACCACAUAUUUAUAUGAAGAAUUAUACCACAUGUAAUACUGUAAAUUCUUUUGAGAUGACGGUACACAAAUGUAAGAGGCUUUUAUAUUUUUACCUUUAAAAUAAAAAGAAUAUAUCUGUACUUACUUGGAUAACCAGGAUUCACAUUUAUACAGUCAUAUUUUCCUGGCAUUUUUAUGUAUGGUUACUAAUAUGUCAUUGCUUUUCAUAUAUUGUACAGUAUAGUGUAUAAUACAAAUUUUAAUAAAUACUGUAGUCGAUAGUAACUUUGAUAUGGUAGAUAAAAUAACUGAGCGCAAUGAUGUAAGGGUUUCCAUGUAAUUAUUUCAGGCUUAUUUUCAUUUAUUCUUGUUUGAAAACCCAUUGCUCAUCAAUAAAUGUAGCCUUUUUAAUGAAA